AUGCGAUCACAUUUAUUGUCAAUCUUUAGGACAAAUAAACUUACUCAUUUUCCUGUGAUUUCAAAUGAAAAUAAAGGCACUUUACUAGAUUUAUCGACUAUUAGAAAGAAAGAAAGAUAUGCUUUGAAUUAUCGCUGUAAACGAUAUGGGCCUUCAUCAUCAACUGUAAAAAAAGAAAAUUCACCAAGUGUUUGCAUUUUAAAAGUUCCACAACAUUUGGUCAACGACCAGAUUACUAAAUUUCAAAUGAAAGAUCAUAGUUAUGUUCUUGAUUCAACUUUGAAUAUAAAUUUAUUGAUAAAUUUAAUAAAUCAGGGAGAUAAACUGAUAGACGAACAUAUUUAUCAUUUUAAAUUAAUGUUAGAAAGCUGUUCUGAUUAUGUUCAUCGCGAUACGCUAAAUUUGGUAAGACCUGAAAGAAUAGAACCAGUACCGAAAUUAAAGAAGCACAUUCAAAUAUUAUUUAGUCAAAAUGGGCAUUGGGUUUGUUCUUUUUAUGAUACCAAAAAAGUUUAUGUUUAUGACUCUUUAAAUAGUGGGUCAUUGCAUAACGAUCAAAAAAAUUUUUUGCAGCAUUUAUUUCCUUAUUUAGAGAUAAGUUCAGAAUCGAUCAUUUUUCCUAAAGUGCAAUUUCAAGUAAAUGGAGAUGACUGUGGGAUUUUCGCUAUUGCUUUUGCAGUAUCUCUUUUAUUUAGACGGAAUCCUGAUGAUAUUAUUUAUGAUCUUAGUUCCAUGUGA